GCCAGUUCAAGCUGGAGAAUAACGCUAAGACCGAGUUUGUCAGUGUUUGUUCCGCUUAGUUUUUUUGAAGCUUUCGUCACUUCGGUUUGUAGACGUGUUGCGUUGUUCUAUGGCGUCUCCCACAUUUCCCCCUGCAAAAGAUGCCUCUACGGACCCAUCGCCGUCGUCCGUACCGCAGGCACCAAAGUCAUCCUACACGUCUGCCCUUUCUCCUCUGACCAGCGCUUUCAGCCGCUUUUCACAAUGGCGGAAGUCAUUUGAUCUCCCGAACCCGGGCACAGUCGAGAAUUUGCAGAAGGAAGUCAAGUCGACUCAUCUGACGAACUUUAUGUUCGAUGGUGCUAGGGCUGAUCUCACGAAGAGUUUGUCAAUGAACCCGGCAUUUCAAGUCACACACUCUUUCAUUCUCGGGUCGCAAGUCUCAACGCCAUCAUAUAACUUUGGUGCUGUCUUCGCCAACAAUGAUAUGUUCCUCCAAGGCAGCGUUGACCAUGAGGGUAAUGUGAGCGCACGGAUGAAUCAAGGGUGGGCUGAAAACUCCAUCACGAAGAUUCAGACGCAGAUUUCAUCACAAGCUGGCCAUAGCAUGAUCCAACUGGAGCACGAUUACCAGGGUCAAGAUUACUCCUUGAACGCGAAAGCUGUCAAUCCGUGGCCCGCAGAUCUCACUGGCAUAUACAUCGGAAGUUACUUCCAGUCUGUGACAAAAAACCUUGCGUUAGGCGUGGAGACACUUUACCAACGGCCAACUCCUGAUAUGUCCGACUUCACGACGUCAUAUCUAGCCAAGAUCACCAGUGAUGACAAGAAUUGGAUUGCAACUGCACAAGUUCAACCAUCCGGUAUUCUACAGGCUACAUACUGGCAGAAGCUCCACGAGAAAGUGGAGGUCGCAGCAGAUCUUCAGCUUAUGGCCUCUCCUCAACGAAGAGAUGCUAUUGCAACUCUCGGUGCAAAAUACGACCUCCGGAUGUCGACCUUCAGAGCACAGUUGGACUCAACGGGCAAAGUUUCUGCUCUGCUUGAACAACGCUUUGCUCCAACCUUUGCGUUCCUUGUGGCGGGUGAGAUUGAUCACUUCAAGAACUCUGCCAAGGUUGGUGUCGGUGUGAUGAUUGAGAGCUCUACUUUGACCCCGGAGGAGAUGGGUAUGCCCCCUCAACAUUGAAUUAAUUACACUUAGACACGUACUUUCGGACUCUAUUAUUGGCAUACAUCUCUUCUCAGGAUCUCUGCAGUACCAGUGUGGUUGUCAGCUAGCCCAGCAGCACCCCCACCUUUGCAGAACAUCUGGUUUGACGAAAGUACACUACGUAGCACUUAUAGAGUGCACCAAUCUGAAUGCGCACAAAAAUAUGGUGUGCUACUUAGUGGUACCAAGGUAGCGACCGCCUUCCCUGUGGGAAACCAACAAGUUACAACACAGCUGAGCGGACUCAGUGGACACUGAAACUCACCAUGGCAAAGUUGAUUGAAGUCUGCAACGUCGCCUGCAAGAAGGACAAAAAGCAAGUCAUUUUCUCUCAAUUGAACUUCGAUGUCAAUGAGAGAGAUAUCAUCGUUUUACAAGGCAAGAGUGGUGCAGGGUGCAUUGACUUCUCUCCCUGUGGUACAUUGUUUGGAGGCUCAACCUA